AUGACAGCCCUGGCGUACUCUGUGGAGGAAGCCCGCGAGAUCUUGCUUGACCAAGUCAUUACGCUCGACUCUCACAUUUAUCUGGAGGGUAGACGCGAAGAAUACGUGCGCGCGGAAGAUCAUGAACGCCCCGGGAUAGUUCGAUCGAGUUUCCGGCACAUCUGGUCGUCCGCUCACCCCGACUGGGACUGGGAGAACGAGACCGAUGUCGAGAACAACUCGGAGUAUUUCGAGCAGCGCGAGGCAAGUUUCUGCGCCGUCGCAUUUACCCACCCGCUUCACCUUAGUGCAGGCCACGCACCAUUGGUUUCGCGCGAACACGCGCAUUCGCGGGGGGUUCAAACAGCUCCCGAGUGA